CUCUGGGCGGAGGCAAGGGCGGUGGGGCCGGGCCGCUCGCUCGCGUCCCUGCCGGCCAUGGCGUUCCGCAGGCGGGCGAAAAGCCACCCGCUCUUCAGCCAGGAAUUUCUCAUCCACAACCACGCUGACAUCGGCUUCUGCCUGGUGCUCUGCGUGUUGAUAUCGCUUAUGUUCGAGGUUACAGCCAAGACUGCCUUCUUGUUCAUCUUACCUCAGUAUAAUAUCAGUGUGCUGACAGCAGAUGGUGAAAUUGUUUUUUAUCACUACGGGCUGAAGGAUUUGGUUACAAUCCUCUUCUACAUCUUCAUAGCAAUCAUUCUGCAUGCUGUGGUGCAGGAAUAUGCACUGGAUAAAAUUAACCGUCGACUUCAUCUUUCCAAAAUCAAGCACAGCAAGUUCAAUGAAUCUGGACAACUGGUAGCAUUUCAUCUUGCCUCUAUGGUUUGGUGCUUAUAUGUAAUAAUAACAGAAGGAUACUUAUCAGACCCCAAACGUCUGUGGGAAAGCUACCCUCAUGUUUAUCUCCCGUUCCAGGUUAAGUUUUUUUACCUUUGUCAGCUGUCCUAUUGGCUGCAUACAUUGCCUGAAUUAUAUUUCCAGAAGGUGCGGAAGGAAGAAAUUCCACGUCAGUUGCAAUACAUCACCCUUUAUCUAGUGCAUAUAUCAGGAGCAUAUCUUUUAAACCUCACCCGCCUGGGACUAAUCUUGUUGCUGUUGCAGUAUGUUGCUGAAUUCCUCUUCCACAUGGCUCGUCUAUUUUAUUUCACAGAUGAAAACAAUGAAAAGUUGUUUAAUGCAUGGGCAGUAGUUUUUGUCAUCUCACGGCUUUUCACCCUCACCCUUUCUGUGCUGGUCAUUGGCUUUGGGUUGGCUCGAAUGGAGAACCAGGCAUUUAACCCUGAAAAAGGAAACUUCAACACUUUGCUUUUCAGGAUGGGCGUGUUGCUUCUGGUGUGUUUCUCACAGGCCUGGAUGAUGUGGCGCUUCAUUCAUUUCCAGUUGCGACGCUGGCGUGAAUACUGGAAUGAGCAGAACACUAGAAAAAGGAUUCCAGCCACUGCCCACUUCAAACAGCAAGUAAAGACAAUGAAAAGGGAAUCUGGUUACCAUGAAAAUGGAUUAGUAAAGGCAGAAAAUGGUACCUCACCACGGAACAAGAAACUCAAGUCUCCGUAGAGCCAAAGCACAGCCUACAUGGGAUGUUUGAGGAGGAGACAGAGGUGCAAGAGUGAGGACUCUGGAAAUAAGAAGCACCUUCCUCUCUUUUGUCCUCACAAUGCUCCAACUCAAGUGAUGCGCCCACAGAGUGAACCAAGCUCUCUCUCUCUCUCCUCCCCCAUCCCUAUGUCUUUCUGUCUCUGUCUCUCUUUGCAAUAACCAAAAGGCCUUCAUCCUUGACACCAAAAGCUUUUCCUUGUCCUUUUGUGUAUUGUGCAAUUCAAAAAAAA